CGUGAAUUAUUGGAUGUAGCCUCGUGGCAACAGAUGCGAGCCAUCUCCGGGGAGCCAAUUCUCGACGACGAGGGUUUGGCGGUUCUUCUUCACAGCAUUUCUUCCAGAUGUGAGGAGCAUUCUGCUAAAUGCGACUGUGCACUGCGUCUCACCUUGGACGACGACGAUGAUCGGUUUUCGUCAAACAUUCUAUUACACUUCUGAUCGCUGCUUCCGUUUCUUUCCAUGUCUCUCCGAUCCAGGUCGGAGGUCCGCGCUGCUCUUGCAAUCAGCUCUCGUUUUAUUGCAUCUAGUCUACGCUGGCAUUCUAUUUUUGUUCGAUAAGGAUUUGAUAGAGAAGACUAUACGAGAACCUUGGUACACGACAUUAUACAUAUUGUUGUUUGUUGCUACACUUGCUCAGUAUUUUCUCACUGCAUACACUUCCCCCAGCUAUGUUAUUGAUGCCAUGAGGGAAGCUAAUCAGGCAGAUUCUUUAUUGAGAAAGUCUAUUAUGUCCUCUAAGGUUUCGCAACCAUCAAGUAAAGACAAUCCCUCUUCAAGCAAAAACAAAAGCGUAGUUAUUACUGUGGAAGGAAACAAAUCAGUCAAAAAUGCAGUGGAGACAAAUGCAAGUUCUUGGACAAAGCUAGUGAUGGACCUGUACCCUCCUGGAACAUCUGCUAGAACUUUGACCUGCAGCUACUGUAAUAUUUUACAGCCUCCACGAUCAAAGCAUUGUCAUGAUUGUGAUAAAUGUGUCCUUCAAUUUGAUCAUCAUUGUGUUUGGCUUGGGACCUGCAUAGGCCAGGGAAAUCAUUGCCGAUUCUGGUGGUACAUUUUUGAAGAAACAACGUUGUGCAUUUGGACGAGUAUUUUGUACAUCACAUUUCUAAAGGAGAAUAUAUCGAAGGCCUGGUGGACUUCUGUCAUAUUGAUCGCGUUGCUGAUUAUUCUCGCGUUUUUCCUCAUCUUCCUGCUGCUGCUGCUCUUUUUUCACAGCUAUAUGGUUAUGACAAAUCAGACUACAUAUGAGCUGGUAAAAAGACGGCGUAUCCCAUAUUUAAGGGGAAUUCCUGGAAGGGUAUACCUGUUCAGUAAAGGAGUGUGCAGAAAUGUGCACAAUUUCUGUUGCGUUAGAAACAGUAGAUACAGAUUGGAGGCUCUGCCAUCAUCGGAGGAAAUUGAAGAGAAAUCCAAACCUUAUACAUGCAUGCAUGUUUUGUCUUGUCGAUGUUGCUUCAGAUGAUUUUUAACUUUGUUAUUUUUUUUCUUUCUUUCUUUCUGAAAUAUGAACUUCUUUGGUUUGAGCCGCAAUUUAGAGGUUUCGUUGUUCUUAUUUAGUUUGCACGGUGGUGAUGUAGACAGACAUAUUUGUAAUGUUGUUCGACUAACUUGUUAUCGUCAUUUAUUGGAGCAUAAUUCCGGCAUUCUCAAAAUG